ACCUCGACAAUUUUGCUCAGUCUCCGAAAUUUUCUUCCAAGCGCCUCGAAGUCGAGUGUCUCGCGCGUUAACGUUGUGCGAUGUUUUAAGUUAUUAUCACAAUCAAACAGGAAAAUUGCUUGAGGAAGCUCUUGAACAACUGUAAAAUGGCCGAUAUCAUUCUGGGAGGAAUAGAAGGAGGUGGCACUGUUUCAACAAUAUCACUCUUCAAUGGCAAAGGUGAAAGACUGUCGGAGCUAACUGGAGUUGGUACAAAUUACCUGACCCUAGGAAUGGAUGUUGUACACGAUAGGAUAAAUGCUCUAGUGCAAGAAGCAAAAAAACUUGCCAAUUUACCGGAAGAUCUAACUUUAACAGCUUUAGGUUUAAGUUUAAGUGGUUGUGAACACGAUGAAGCUAACAAAAAGUUUGCAGUGAAACUGCGGGAGAAAUAUCCUGACUUAUCUGAAGAAUACUACGUUUGUAGUGAUACUGUUGGGCCAAUCGCUGUUGCUCAUAAAAAUGGAGGAGGUGUGAUAAUCUCUGGCACCGGUUCAAACACAUUACUUGUAAACCCUGAUGGCUCUGAAGUCCGAUGUGGAGGCUGGGGUAGUCUACUUGGAGAUGAAGGCAGUGCAUACUGGAUAUCACACCAAGCUAUUAAAAUUUGUUUUGAUGAUCUGGAUAAUUUUAAAACACCCCCUAUGGGAUACAGUACAGACUACAUUUGGUCAGCUGCUAAAUCAUAUUUCAAUGCAGAAAGUGUGUUUGAAUUUCUACCAAUUUUUUAUGAAAAUUAUUGCAAGGCUCGAAUUGCAAGUUUCUGUAGAGUUAUUUCUCAAGGUGCAAAUGAAGGAGAUCCUCUAUGUAAAUGGUUAUUCCAUCAAGCAGGGCGUGAUCUAGCGCGAUUUAUUCAAUCAGUCGCGGAAGGAGCAAGCGAGGAACUUCUGAAAGCAGAGGGUGGACUGCCAAUUGUGUGUGUAGGAUCUGUUUGGAAGAGUUGGAACUUACUGAAAGACGGUUUUGUUGAGCAGCUCGCCAAAAUCGACCGAUUUAAAGUUGAAGAACUGUCUUUACUUAAAUUAACUGUCAGCGUGUCGAUUGGAGCAACUUACUUGGCUGCUAAAGCUAUUAAUUUCAACUUACCUCGGGACUACACACAAAACUAUGAAGUCUUCUUCCACUAUAAACGCCCGAACUAAGUUUUCAGGGGCUUAGCCCAGGUAGCAAGCUUGAUUUUGCAAGCCAAGUAUGUCCUUAAUUAAAGUAAUUUGUGAUGGUGGCAUUUUUGCCUUUAUAAUAAAUUGUGAUUCAUUUUUAAAGUGCUUUUAGCGCCAUCAGUAAUUUUCAGGUAUUUGCAUUUAUCUCGUACUUUUUCAGGAACUUGUGUUGAGUUUAAUGCUGAGGGAGUUACCCCUCAUUGAACAAAAUUUAAAUUAUUUUUAUAAGAAAAGAUAUUUCAAACUUCUAACACUUCUUUACCAAAUGAUCAAAGCUUUUAGUCAAACUGCAUAACCUUAAAAAGUUUAAGUUGCAGCAAGUACAUCAUCAAAUAUUUUUUAAUAAUAAUUUCAAUGGCAGAAGGAUUUGUGUAUGUAUCACAGUUAAAUUUUUUAUUUAAAAAUAAAACUCGAAAAAAAUGAAAGAUUUUUUGAAACCAGCACAAAGACUCCAAUUUGGCAAAAAAAAAUUUUCUGAAAAAAAUUUUGAUUUUUAGUUUUAAGUUCUUAAAAGCUCAAAAGGACCAAGGUUAAAGUGAAAUUUUAUCCAUACAAAAUCUCGAGAUAUGAAGUGUAUGAAGUUUUCUACCUGCGAGGAAUACCAGAAUCCAAUGAAAAUAAGUUUAUGCAUUUUUAGACUGUGACAAAAGAAUGAAAGCAUUGAAAGUAAAUACAAGAAUCAAGACGGCGAAUCUUCUGUCUUAGUCUAAAACUGCAUAAACUUAUUUGGCGUAGACUCUAAGCCUACCAAAUGCGGUUGUUGCUCAGUAUUCAGCCCAAAUUUCCUCAAUGUCUAUCAUAUAUUUUCACAUGUCUUUGAACAAUCUAUCAGAAGUUUAUCAACAUCUGGUGCCAUAACUGCCAUAUAGUCUUUAUAAUUUAUUAACAAAAAACUAUGCAGUCGUAAGUUCCUUCAAAUUUUUCUUAAGUUCUGUGAAUUCUGCUAAAAACGUGAAGUUUUCCUUCAUGCCCUACUUUAUCGAAUUCUUGUAGUUUUGUGCCAACGAUAAUGAGAUGGAACCGUACAUAUCACUUUUUGGUCAUUCUCUCUCGUGUUGUUACUGAUGAUUUUUCCCAUGAUUGUAAUGAGUAUUUCCUAGCCUUGUAGGAAAUGCUUGCAUGCUCACAAUUAGGUACAAAUUAGGUACAUACCAUCUGAUUGAGCAUGACUGAAGAAACAUUUCAAAGUCUCAAUUAAACUGACUGAGUAAUGGGUCACGAACAGUAGUCAUUUUACCAUCAUUAGUUUUGUUAUUUCUUUUAGUCUAAGAUUACCUAAUUUUCUGCCAAUUUUUCGAAUAAAAAUUGACGUAAUGAACUAAUCGACUUUAUAAUACGGAUUGAAAAUCCCAGUCGAGAAUCAUCAACCAGGACAAAUCUGUCUUCAGAGAGAUCCUGAAGAAACUUCAAUUCGAUGGUGAAACUGCAGAAAUGUGUACCCUGGUCGCGGUGUUUCAAAAUCUCCACUCCUAUUUGAUUUUGCAAAGGAAGACCGAACCAUCAUGGCUUGAAAUUUUCUCACAACAAUCUUCUCACAGAGAAGACAACUCACCGAAAUUUUCAAGGAAUGAUGUUUAGUAGUUUUCCAUGUGGAAAAUAAAGUAUAACAAGAUGUAUGCAAUGUCGUAAAUUGAGGUAUGCAUUCCUGCAGUUUCAUCAUCGAAAUAGUCCAAUACAUUGCUUUGGCACAUUUGUUCUUUGAGACGACCUUUGCCCCAUAUGUGUUUUACAAAACUACCUGUAGUAUGCAUUGCUAUAGUAGGUAUGCUUUUUGAAAAACUCUCGAGGACAGAUGCCUUUGGCUCAUUCAAUCCAAUUUAUGUUCUUUUAUUUGACUCAAAGAAAUGGUUACCAAAAUGAUCCUAUCUUAUUUUCGAGCAUACUUGCAUUUCUCCCGAGGCUGCAGGGUAUAAAUUUCAGUUUGUGCCCUGGGAUUAUAUCUUUUAUUUGUGUCACUGUAAGUCAUAUUCAAUUUCUCAUAAUUCGCAACGAAGGGAUUGAUUUACUUGUGUGAAAUCUUCUCAAGACUAUACCUGAUAAAACUAUGUGAACAAUGAACCGUUUUUUGUCCUUUUUUUUUCUUCAUGGAAGAGUUCAAGCAUCUAAAACUUACAAGCCCUGGAAAUCAUGACAACUAAAGAAGGCUAUUAUCAAAGAGUUUUCAGCGCUGGGGCCUCUUUGUAAAUACAUUAACGGUUCAAUUGAAAAUUUCUUGAAUUAUUAGUAAACAUAGCUCAUUUUUUACCAGCAUCACAGUCUAGUUUAGAUAAAAAUUAAUUCAUGAGCAGAAAAUGUACUUUAGAAGAUCGAUAUGAAGAUCAUGGCGCUUUUUGUCUUACUUUAAAGUUAAAGUGGAUAUUGAGCCUGUUACGUGAACAUUGUGUAUUGCUUUGAUUAGAUUUUUGUUUUCUGCUCUCGCUUUUAUCAAAUUUUUGCCUUGUGUUUCUAUAAUUACAAGAUUUAAGAGCUUACUUACCAAAUUUGAGAAAGAGAAAUGUAAUAAAAAGAAGGUAAGAAUCUUUUGAGAGAAAAUGUGGUUUUAACUGUAUGCUCUUGCCUUAUUGAAUUUUUCGAUUUAAGUUGGUAAGUUCUUGAGUCUUACAACCAUAGGAACAUACCGUCUCAAAACUCUACAAAAGUGAAAGUUAGCUGAACUCUAAUUGAAUCAAUCACUUUUUUUACUGUUAUUUUUAGCCAUGAAAUUAUGUUAAUGUUUGAAAACUGGUGUACAAACAUCCAAGAGCGCAUUUUUGUAUUGAAACAAUUUGAUGAAUAGAAAAUCUUUUUCCAUAUGUAUUUUAAAGAGCAAACUUUAGCAAUGUUUCCUAGUAUUCGCUUAGAAUUCUCAUUUACCUUAAACUUAUUUUCAGAACAAGUCGUGAAACAUUUGAAUAUCCUGACAUGUUUGUAUUUUAUUAUUUUAUUUUAUGAAUGUUAUUUCUCAAAGAAACAAAAUUCCAAUUUAGUAGGUUUCAACUGUAAACUCUAGGUAAUUUUUGCUUAUUGGUGAUAGCUCCACAUUCUGUAAUUGCUCCAUUAGUUGGCAUAUAGAUGUGGGAAAAGCUCCAUUUAAAAAACUGUUCGUAACAAAGUUUCUUCGAACAAAUUUUAACCCCAACCCUUUUUUACACUUACAAAAUUCUGUUCAGCCACUCUCUCAUUGUAUAGUUGCAGAAUUAAAAUUGAAAAUCACAAAAUAAGAAGAAAAGCCGGUUUCAGAAAAUGUUUAGCCAACCUCCUCAGAAUUCAUGAUUGUUAAAUUUUUUUUCACAAGUUUUAAAGGGUUGGAUGGUAAAACUUCCUUUCUGUUGUAUCUUUGCCAUCAAAUGUGUUGUUAUCGUAUGUUUUAUGUAUUUUAUUUGUUAUCCCUGUGAGAGGAAAAUAAAAAGUGUUAUUUAUUUUAUCA